UAUUUAUCUGGAAAAACAAACAAUCCCCAAAUUGUUGGCCAAAAGCCAAUUUUAACAACUCUCCCAGGCGAUUCGAGCAUUUUAGUGAAGGCGAUAAGUAAAGCGCGGUGAGCACGGCGUUAGUUCGGCACAGCGAGCAGAGCCCGACCCCCGAGCCCGCUGCCGGGCACUCCGCCCCCGUCUCCCUCCAGCACGGGAGGCGGAGCUGCGGAUCCCAUCGCCCCGGCAACGCGGCGGCCGCAAACCGCUCCGGGACACGCGGCGGAUCCCACCGGCGGCGGAUCCCACCGGCGGCGAGCGCCGGGAGCGGGCGCGGCCCCACGGAGAGCCCCGCUGUGUCUGUCCUGCUCCUUCAGGAGCCCGCCGUGCCAUGCCUCUCUUUGGGAACUCCUUCAGCCCGAAGAAGACUCCCCCCAGGAAAUGGUCCUCGCUGUCCAACCUGCACCUGAUGGAUAGAUCCACCCGUGAGGUUGAGCUGGGCCUGGAAUACGGCACCCCUACAAUGAACCUUGCUGGCCAGAGCCUGAAGUUUGAAAAUGGCCACUGGGUUUCAGAAUCAGGAAGCUUCAUGGGGGAUCGCAGGGAACUGCAGCGCUUGCGCAAACGAAACCAGCAGCUAGAGGAAGAAAACAACCUACUUCGGCUGAAAGUGGAGAUUCUGCUGGACAUGCUCUCUGAGACCACGGCCGAGUCCCACCUCAUGGAGAAGGAGCUGGAGGAGCUGAAGCAGCAUAACCGGAGGAAGAAGUGAACAAGAGGCAGCCAGGCUGGUCUUGGCCCCCGGGAUGCUGGGGCUGGCUUGGGCCUCCCAGCCAUGUUGGUACUGUGUGGAGGUACUUUGUUUGACGGGACCACGGGUGCCGAGACGCCUCCAGCGUUGUGUGGUGCCGCGGGCACUGCUAAUGGCUGGUUCGGCACCACAGCGCUGUUCAACAACACGAUUUUCCUCAGAGCACUUUACCUUGCUACGUUUCCUCACGGCAGCCCAGCACAGGUACCCUCUUCUCUAAGGCAGCCGGACAACAGGCGGUGAAGAUCUGUCUCCAUGAGGGCUGCUGCUCGCCCUCUGCUUACCGAAGCGGGGAGACCUCUG